AUGUUCCUGCAGAUUAAGAUACGGGAAGAAGAUAGAGCAGCACAACAGUUUCUGUGGCGAGGAGAUGACAGGAUUAACCCGCCGCAGAAAUACGUAAUGACCUCAAUGAUUUUCGGGGCGAGGAGCUCACCGUUCAUCGCACACAGCGUUCGAGACAGGAACGCGGCAGAGCGCCGAGAGUCGCACCCGUCAGCGUACACCGCCAUAACAAGGAACCACUACAUGGACGACUGGGUCGACAGCUUUGACUCCGAAGAGGAAGCAGCCCGUGCCAUUCGAGAGGUAGUAGAGGUUCAUGGCGGGAUAGGAUUCACGCUGGCGGGUUGGAAUACAAACCGACCGAGCCUGCUAGAGAAUGUGAGUGAGGACCAGCGAGCGAGGACGCCGAAGGAACUGGGAGCCAACGCACAUCCAUACGGAAAGACAUUGGGGUUAUUGUGGAUGUCAGCCGAAGACCAGCUGGCGUUCAACACCGGCAUGCCACGCGUCCCACGAGAAGUGAAGCACGGCACACGGAUACCGACGAAAAGUGAAGCCCUAGGAGCGGUGAUGUCAUUGUUCGACCCGCUCGGGCUGCUGAGCCCUUACACCAUCACGGCAAAAAUCAUCUUGCAGGCGCUGUGGGUGCAGAAGGUCGAAUGGGAUGACCCUCUGCCCGCCGAGGAAGCGCGGACGUUCCAGGAAUGGAGAGACGACCUAGCGUAUAUAGAGGAACUAAGAUUGCCGCGAUGGUAUGGCACGAACGACAGCCAACGGUCGCAACUGCACGUAUUCACGGACGCAAGCGAACAGGCAUAUGCCACAGCCGCGUAUUGGAGGACGGAACGCGGGGAUCGUAGCGUUGACGCAGUCCUAGUAGCAGCCAAAGCGAGGGUAGCGCCCAUGAAAGCGCAGAGUAUACCCCGGAUGGAGCUUCAGGCGAGCCUGGUAGGACCCCCACUGGCCGCUGACGUACUGAAAGGACGUCGUCGCGCGGCCGAAGUCUUCCUAUGGACGGUCUCGAAGAAGACGCUACAUUGGACUAGGAACGACACCGCUCGAUACAAUCCACACGCGGCCCGCCGGAUGGCAGAAAGCGCCGAACAUACAGAACCAACACAGUGGCGCUGGGUACCGACCGCCCACGACGUAACUAACGACGCGACCCGCGCGAGAUAUACAAUACGGACCGCCGCCGACAGAUCCGUCGGGCCGGCGCUUGUGUACGCUCCAGAGAAAGAACGACCCAAGGAAAGCAAGCCCGUCCCUGCAGAGACAGUAGCCCGUGCCCGGGCGAAGGCAAAGCCCGUAAUGGACAGAAUGCGGUUCUCCUCAUAUGACCGAGUGAGGAGGACCCCGGCACAGGUGCUGCUGCUCGCAGAAGAAUACAGGCGACGGGCAUGGAAGCUGGGCCGGGAGCGCCCCGCCGAAGCGGGGAAAUGGGUCAAGUGGCGUUGCGGUGAACGCGGACGGACGGACGGACGCGAGGGAAUUUUUCGAAGGCCGACCCGAAGGCUGGUGGUCCUCCCUAGGGAUAAGGGCUGCGAAGAUCUGCGCCGGGGGGAGGCUGUUGCGGACCACGAUAUAGUGUCGGCUCUAGGGUCUUUCGCCGUGUUGUUAAUAGGUGCCCGUGUUCUCGUGUAUAACUGUCCAUAG